CGCUGGUAGAAGCGACUAGCAAGAGAGGAAAAUGGAGGAGCUAACUCCACCGCCUUGUCCUAACACCGUCACCGUCCGGCGGAACCCUCACCGGAAAGCUAGAGCCACGCCGUCAACGCGUGUUCCUCUUCCAUCUCCUUUUUCUCCUCCGUCUUCUCUCUCAAAACCCCAUGACACACAAGAGAUCCUACAUACGGAUCCGCCAGUUUCUAAGAAUCUGAAGGUCUUCUUGAGAAUUCGACCCCUUACAUCGAUCAACAGGUCGGAAAAACGUAAGAACGGAGCUCUGCCAACCAAGACGGGGAUCAAGAACGCUUGGCCUAGGAAAGUUAUCAGCAAGGCCGAGCCGAAGGAAAUGACGAAGAAGAAGAACGAGAUUUGUAUUUCAGCGAACGAUUCCCACUCUGUGACACUCUCACCUCCAUCGGCUCUGCAAGAUGUCAGGCGAAGUAAGUCCGAAGUCUACGAAGGGUUCUCUUAUGUCUUUUGCGCGGACUCGACACAGGAUGAAGUUUUUGAGAAAAUGGUGAAUCCACUGGUUGAUGACUUUCUUAGGGGUAAGAGUGGAAUGUUGGCUGCCAUGGGGCCUAGUGGUUCAGGCAAGACACAUACAAUUUUUGGGUCUCCUAGAGAGCCUGGCAUGGUGCCUCUUGCUUUGCGUCGAAUCUUUUCAAUUGCUGAUGCUAAGAAAAGUCAAGUAUCGAGGAUGUUUUACCUAUCAAUGUUCGAGAUAUAUUCGGAGAGAGGAAAAGCGGAAAGAUUACUUGAUUUGUCCCAAGAUGGGGGUGAUUUGUCCAUGCAACAAUCGAUUAUCAAAGGCCUAAAAGAGGUUGUCAUUUGUGAUGUUCAGCAGGCAGAGUCUUUGAUAGCAUGUGGAAUGUUAAAACGAGCUACAGCUAUGACUAACUCAAACAGUCAGUCCAGCCGUUCGCAAUGCAUCAUCAAUAUACGUAGUGCUGCCAACAAGAGUGGCAAAGAAAUUGAUGUCCAACCCAAUUGUGUUGUCUUGACAAUUGUUGACCUUGCUGGAGCAGAAAGAGAAAAGAGAACAGGGAAUCAGGGGGCCAGAUUACUUGAGAGUAAUUUUAUCAACAACACAUCAAUGGUUUUUGGCCUGUGCUUACGAUCAUUGCUUGAGCACCAGAAGAACCCAAAGAAACCACUCCACAAACACUUCCAAAGCUCCUUGCUGACUCGGUAUUUACGAGAUUAUCUUGAAGGCAAACGACGAAUGGCUUUGAUUUUAACUGUAAAAUCAGGAGAGGAAGACUAUCUUGAUACAUCCUUUCUGCUAAGACAAGCGUCACCAUAUAUGAAAAUAAAGUUUGAUAAUGUUGAAGAAUCUGCCAAUUUUAUUUGCACUAAGAGGCAUAUUCAGACACAUGCCAGAACAGAGCAACUCAAAAGAAUUAAGUUCAGUAGUGUGGAAGCAUGUCCAAACAAUGGAGAGAAGGGUGCUGGAGAUGAAAAUCAACUUCUUAGAGAAGAAGGUCCUCCGUCCAAUAUCAAGAAGGUUGAACCUCAGAAUUGUUUGUUUCACCAUGCAAGAAAAAAGAAUUCGGAAGUAAAUGGUGGUAAAUGGCUUAAGGAAGACACUGGUGAAUGGGCAAAGAAAGAAAGAGAGAAUAAAAUCAUGCAGAAUUUUGCUAAAGCUUUGUGGAAUGUUCUGAAGCAAUAUAAGGAGAAAGUUAAGGUAGCUGAAAACCAAAUCCAGGGUCUCAGAGAAAGCCUUGCAAAUGAAAUUUCCGGCCGUUCUGCACUUGAAACUGAAGUGAAGGAACUAAAGGCCUAUAUCUUAAGUCAGAAAGCAGCUUCCUUAAAGAAAAUGGAAGAUUCCACUGCUGAUAUGACUUCGGAUGGAGAAGUAUCUCAGUGUACUUUUGUCAGCAAGUUAAAUGCAGGAGUUCCAUCUCUAUGCCUGGAUGAAUCAGAGUGCAUUGUCAGUAAAGAGAAAUUUGACAACACUGUGAACAAUUUUGGUGCAAAUACUGCUUCAUGCCUUGCUGUUGAAAAUUUUGAGCAGCAGCAGUGUCAGGACUUAGAAGGCCUUUCCAUAAAUCUCAACAAGAAGGAAGAUUCAAGGUAUUUGGAGAAUGUUGGAGAUGACACUCCUUUCAACAAUGAUGCAACAGAUUCUUGCCCUGCAAGUUCAGUAUUGAGCUCUCCUAAGUCACUUAUCAUUACUACAAUUGACAGUCGCUUAGUAGAGGGAGAUGAAUUGCAUACUGAAGAAGACAAGGAAAUAUUGCACCCGCCAACAGAAGGGAAGGAAGAUGCUGAAUUGGGCACCGGUUGCACUGUCGCCAUUGAACGAAAAAGCGACAUAAAUGACAGCUCCCUUUCCAAGCCUUUGAAUGUAGGGAAACCUAAAAGGAGGCUUCUGCCCGCCUCGUCUAUGUUACUAGAUGAUAUCGGCUGUAAGGACUUCAAUGAUGAGAAUGAGAAAGCAAAGGGUGGUAGAGGAGAGAAGGUCGCAGCUCCUGAUGAAAGAAACAGAACGCAUGGCAGCCUAUCUCUCCUUCAUUUGCUUAGGAGCAAAUCUUCAUCCAUAUCUCAGAAUCAGAAUCAGAAGCCUUCUUACAGAAGAUGUCAAUAAAUAGCUCCUCUACUAGUCAAACGCUUCUAUAGGCCCUGAUGAAAUUGGCUUUCUAUGUAAUUCUUCAUUGUGGAAACCUAGUACUCUUUCAGCCACCAGUCAAGCCAUGGGCCUGGGCCCAGGCUUGUGUAAAGAAAAGGUGUUGGGCCGGGCCCUUCACCAGAAGCCCAUUUUUGGAAACAUACAGGCAUAUAACAAAAGCAAUGGUGGAGUACGGCCUCAGGUGCCCUGCCCAGCAAACGUUGUUAAGCAAUGCCAAGGCAAUAAUCCUUGAAUUCAAAGCUGACUUUGGGAGCACAGACUUGGUUGUAGACUUUGUCAGCUUCAACUUUUACGGGCUUAUUCUUGUCAUUUGGCCGACGUUAAAAUCAUCAUUCACUUUCUCUUUUAUCAUUUGUCCUUUGACUGCCAUUUGAACUUUUAACAAUAUAUUUUCCGUUGUUAGGUUAGUAUGGUGUUAAAUUGUUUUGG